UUGUAGCGGUUUGUAUGAUUGUUUCGAAACGCUGUCAACCGCUACCAAUCGCAAAAGCUGCGUUUGCGGGUAGUAGCGGGAAAACCAAUCAAGCUAUAAGAGUUCUUUUUUUUGUCAACAUUAAAAAGUUCAUUUAAAAUGGAUAUAUCUAGUACAUAUAAAACUAUCAAUUAACGAAAAUACAUUCAUAAAUAAUUUUGUGAGAAACUAACGAUCAUUUUCAGGAAAAUUAGCUGAUAAUUUUUAAAAUUAUAUACCAAGAGGCAUUAAUGACUAUAAAAAAAUUCCUAGAAGUAAUAAAAUUAUGAUGAGUUAGCAACUUUGCAGUCAACGUAAAUGGCCUCUGCGAUUUUUUUCCCAUUAUUUAAUUAAUUCGAGCGGAUAUUUUUCAUUGUCAAUAUGCUAAGUGCUAAUGAGACGAAAAACACACAAGAUCUCUUUAUAAGUACGUUGAUAAAAAACCUUGAAUUGAAGAAAAGGUUUGAAAAUAUUAUUUUGACUUUUGUCUAAAUAGUCUUGGUGUCUCUGUCGUUGUGAAGCGUGUGAUUAGGUAGGCUCUUGAAUCCGAUUCAAAUCGUGGUCAAAGCUGUCCGUUGUUGAUUGAUUCUAUCAACUAGUAGACGACACGAGGGUACGUAAAAAAAAUAUUAGUAUAAAAGUAGUUAGAUAGCAUUAAAACUGAAUACUGUAAUGGAGUAGGUUGAAACAAAAAUAAAUACCAAUAGAUCUAUUGGUGUUUUUGUCAAAAAUAUUCUCAAGCACAUGCUUUAUGUGUUUGUAGUAAAGGCAAUCGAUGGUUACAAACGCAGAGCACAUUGUUACUUGUUAUGGUUGAUCCAGAACAAUAUGCAUGUGUUUUUCGUGACCCUUCAUCUACGCAAAUGACAAAAUUUUAAUUUUGAAACAAACGAACGAUUAUGUAUUAGAAGUGAAUAUUACAUUUAGACAUCACUAAAAAUAGUCACUAUAAGUUUUCACAAAAUUAAUGGAAAUGAUGUCAAUUUCUGUAGAGAAGAAUAUGAACUUUCGAUUAGAGACGUCUAUCCUUAAUUAACUUAACCGAUUCUAAGUAAAAGGUAAAAAAAUAUCAUGUCAAAAUUAUUACACGCUAUUGAUAGACGGUAGAAUUAAAUCCAAGAUGGAUAAGAGAACAAAAUCAACCAAUCUAAUCCAAAAUAUAAUCAAACCUGAAAGCAGAAACAUUUGGCAUGAACAAACAGUUUGAUAAAAAAAUUGUUUUCAGCAGUUCGAAGCAUAAUAUAACACGAGAACUUUUGUAGAACGAGAUAUUCUUUUUUGAUCGAACCUUCAUUAAUAGAGCACUGAGUCUCACAUGGCCAACAAAGGGGAGUUUAACAAACAAAAGAGAACUGCUUUAGCUAGGGAAUCAACCUCAGAGUUACCCAAACGGAGAACAAAACUAAAAGAGAUAUUCUCAAAGGAAUUACAUAUAUAGGAUACAAAUAUCGUGAAGUAAACCUUAGAGCUUGAUACACUUGCCAUGAGAAGUAAGCAAGGAAACGAGGGUCUUAGAAUCCGAUAACCUCGAGUGUCUCUUAUAAACCAAUUGGUUUAAGUAAGAUUGUAGAAUGUCCCCUUACAGUAUAUUUGAUAAACCAAUUGGUUUAAAGAUUGUACCGUAAACUCAUCUAACCAUAGACCACCAAGAUUAUUAUAUUGAUGGCCCCCUUAGAAUCUCAAAUAAUGUAGGGUAAUUGAUUUUCUAAUGAUCUGGAACAUUUCAUUAAUAAGAUUCACGUAGAAAUUAAUUGUUAAUGAAUUAUUGUAAGGGGACUUGACAGAAAAAAAAAAACUAAUUCACAGACACACGUCACACACCAUUACUCUAUCACUAAUGUUAUUUUAGUAUAUUUUGGAUGGUUCGCGCGCUAGUUUGUACGGGUGUUUAUCUUCUGGAUAACAUGACAAACAAUUAAUAUUUUAUUAUUUUAACAAUUUUACAACCAACUAUUUUACUUGUGAUACUUAGAUCAAUAAUAAUUAAUAAUUCUAUAUUUUUUUCACCACCACAUAAACCAUCUUGUGAAAAUCCAGGAAAUUUGACCAUUAUACCAUUCGAAAUUGUAAUUUUUAUAUUAAUGCGUAUAAUUAUUAAUAUUUUUUUUUCCUAGAGUUCGAAAUCUAAAUUUCUUAAUAGAAAAGUAUUCAUGAAUUGAAUUCUUAGUCAUACAACAUGAUUAAAUAUACAUUUAGUUGUUGUCAAAAAAAAAAGUUUGCAAAGUUUAAAACAUAUAUGAAAUGGAUUAAGAGUAUUUGAUUUGGUGAGAGAUUAUAUAGACGAGCUAUUCUUUUUUUUUAACGUCUACAUUGAUUUGAUACCAAUAUAGACGAGCUAUUGAUUUAAAUAAAUACUCGCAGAAGAAGAAUCUAUUAAUAUAUAAAUGAUUAUUGAAAAAAAAAGGAAAUGAUCCAGAUCAUUAGUAUUCUGUUACGCACGUUUUGAGGGGAGACAAAGAAGAAAGUCUGUUAUCUUGUUUCCGUUUAUUGUUACAUACAGAGAGAGAGAGCCAUUGAACCCAAAACAAAACAUAUCUUAUCAUCCUCUCUGUUUCUCGAAAAUCGUCUUCGCUCGAUGGGGACGUUCACGAGCUUACGAAAAGCCUAUGGAGCGCUCAAGGAUUCCACCACCGUCGGUCUCGCUAAGGUCAACAGCGAAUUCAAGGAUCUAGAUAUUGCGAUCGUCAAGGCAACGAAUCAUGUAGAGUCUCCUCCGAAAGAACGUCAUGUUCGUAAAAUAUUCUCGGCGACAUCUGCAAUACAACCACGAGCAGAUGUUGCUUACUGCAUUCAUGCAUUGUCAAAGAGAUUGUCCAAAACUCGAACCUGGGUUGUAGCAAUGAAGGUGUUAAUAGUAAUUCACAGAACAUUAAGAGAAGGUGAUCCUACAUUUAGAGAAGAGCUUCUUAAUUACUCACACAGACGACAUAUUCUCAGAAUCUCUAACUUCAAAGACGAUACAAGUCCUCUUGCUUGGGAUUGCUCUGCAUGGGUUAGAACAUACGCGCUCUUUCUUGAAGAGCGGCUUGAAUGUUACCGUGUUUUGAAGUAUGACAUAGAGGCAGAGCGUUUGCCAAAAGGUGCAGGUGCAGCUUCCAAGACGCAUAGGACAAGGAUGUUGUCUGGUGAAGAUCUGUUAGAACAGUUACCUGCGUUGCAACAGCUUCUUUACCGGCUUAUUGGAUGUCAACCUGAAGGAGCAGCUUAUAGCAACUAUCUAAUCCAGUAUGCUCUUGCAUUGGUGCUUAAAGAAAGCUUCAAAAUCUAUUGUGCUAUCAAUGAUGGAAUCAUUAACCUUGUUGACAUGUUCUUUGAGAUGACAAGACAUGAUGCAGUUAAAGCUCUGAACAUAUACAAACGGGCUGGUCAACAGGCUGAGAAUCUGGCUGAGUUUUAUGAUUACUGCAAAGGGCUAGAGCUCGCUAGGAACUUUCAGUUCCCUACCUUAAGACAGCCUCCUCCAUCGUUUCUUGCAACAAUGGAAGAGUACAUCAAAGAAGCGCCUCAGAGUGGUUCUGUACAGAAAAAACUGGAGUAUGAGGAAAAAGAGGAGGAACCAGAACCACAAGAAGAAGAACAGCCUGAAGAACCUGCAGAAGAUGAAAACCAAAACACAGAAACUGAUCAGCCGCUUAUCGAAGAAGAGGAAGAAGAACCUAUAGAGGAGAAAGAAGAGGAAGAAGUUAAACCUUCACCAUUGAUAGACACUGAUGACUUACUGGGUCUAAAUGAAAUAAACCCACAAGCCGCAGAGAUUGAAGAAAGAAACGCAUUGGCUCUUGCCAUUUAUCCACCUGGACAUGAAACUUCAGGCCCAUCUAAUAGUCUAAGCUUGAUAGAAGCUGGAGGAAGUGGUUGGGAGCUUGCAUUAGUCACACCACAAAACAACAACAAUAACAACAAUCCUCGUCCCACAGUAGCAACAAAACUCGGAGGAGGAUUUGACAAUCUUCUACUAGACAGUCUCUACGAAGACGAUACAGCAAGAAGACAGAUCCAGUUAACCAAUGCUGGUUACGGAUUUGGAGCCACGGCUACACAUGGUGAACCACACUCAUCUAACCCGAACCCAUUUGGGAUGCAACAAGAUCCUUUUGCAAUGUCUAGUAACAUGGCUCCACCAACCAAUGUUCAAAUGGCAAUGCAACAACAGCAAAUGAUGAUGAUGAAUAAUAAUCAAAAUCCAUAUAACAACAACAACAAUUAUUCACCUUAUCAUCAACAACAUCAGCACUUCUCACCAUAUCCUUCUUCUUCUGCUUCUGCUAACCCUUUUGGUGAUACUUUCCUUGCUCUCCCAGCUCCUCCUUCAUCUUCUACUCAGCAGCAACACAAUAAUCAUAUGCUCCUUUAGGAAAGGUCAUCUCAAUAACUUGUCUCUUGUCUUUUAACUUCGAUUUAAUUGAGCUUAUUAUUAUUCUUUAACUAUUUUCUAGCAUAAGACGUUAUAUAUUGUUGGAAUUUUUCUUCUUUUUCUUCCUUAAUUUUAAUAUUUAUUUCAGCGUAAUAUUUGUAUUUUCCCCUCUAUUCGUGUUUUUUUAAUGUUCAGAAAAUAGAAACCCCAAAGAAGACGAUUAUAUAUAUAUAUCGGAAUUUGGAGUUUUAAAAUUUAUUUAUUUCUGUAGAAAAUCAAAAACUAAAUGACCCUAAUUGGAGACUGAACAUCAAAUCAGAAAAGCAGACCUUGGAGCUUUCAUGAUAGCAAAAAGCGUGAUUAAAGAAGACCGUUGUCAAUCCUGUGUAGCUCUUGGCUUUCCUUUGUGGCUUACGGAUCUUUUGAAUGUGAAUGUGUAGUAGUAGCGUGUGCUCUUGUUGUGGUUGGUUUGCCUCUUCUUUAUUGAUGGUUUUUGUUCUAAGGAUGGUAAUGGCAAUGUUAAUGGAAUUGACAUUCAGAUGGGAAAAAAAAAUGACCCUAAAGGAUUAACGGUCAGGAAAAAAAAUGGAGGGAAGUUGUUAUUAAAUGCACUCUGCUUUUGUCAUUACGAACCGUUGAAAACCCGUUAGGGUUAAAAAAGUACAAAGAAACGCAGGUCCCUUGUGCUAGAAGAAACCUAGAUCUCUAAUUCUCUCACUGCCAAAAGAAAAAAAAAAACAAAACCCUCUUCAAAAAUUCUCGUAUAUACAAAUACACUUACUCGGUCUUCUCUCUCCCACACACACA